UGUAAACUUAACCUCAACUUUCUGCAUCGCAGUGCCGCUUUGAAUUGUGGGAUGAUUUAUAUUUGUUUUUGUGGAAUAGAUUUCUGAAGAUAACACAGAGCUUUGUAAGAAAUGGAUUAUAGCAAACGUUUGAACAUGAUCGAGAUGUUUCAGGAGCCACCCGAAUAUAAACCUCCUGGAACAGUAGAGGAACUAGCAGCUAGUCUCAACUAUCCAAACAUGAAUUCCCAGCAAUACCGGAUGACAAGGAAGCUACCUGCAAAUGUGCUGCAUCCAUGCCUAGACCAUGUUAUUAGAAACGACUCUGGUUUAGUGUUGAUAGCUGGUAAUGACUUAAUGGGUCGCCGCUGGGGUUCCAGUUUGUAUGGAUGGGAAGACAUAAACGUCGUCAUGGACGAUUCAAAGGCCAGUUUUAAAAAGCAGUGCCGUUAUACAAUCACAGCGCUCAAGUUUACCAGAGAUUCUAACUUGUUUUUACUAGGAAAUGACAAAGGAGCAGUGGAAUUAUGGUCAACACAAAACCCAACUCGCGGUAAAGGCUUUUCACUAUAUCUGAUAGACUCUCAAUCUGAACAUAUAGAGGGGAUCUCGUCAAUGGAUUUACUAGCAUCUGACGAAAAUAAAUUAGUUACCGGAUCAAAUGACGGUUGCUUAAAAGUUUGGAUCUUUGGAGCAGACCUUCAAUCGAUCAGUACCAUGACAAUGGCUCACACGGAUGAAAUUACUGGCAUAUCUAGAAAUGCAGAAAAUGGGUCUCUCUUUACUACAACUUCAUUGGAUCGUUCAUGUUUGCUAUGGGAUCUGCGCAAGCCAAGACCAGCAUCAGCACUAUUCGACAGGCACAAGUUUGCUUUCACUACGGUCUACUGGACUUCGACUCAAGAGGCGAAUCAAAUUGUUGGCAUUGGCGAUGAAGCAGGCAAUUUAUACUUUGUGGAUAUUCGACAACCGGGAGUAUUCGUGGACUCGGUUAAAGUUUUUAAUCGUAAAAUCCACAAAAUCUCUUUCAGUUCCAACCACAUGGUAGUUCUUGGUAAUACUAACCAGGCUAAAUUUUACGACGAAAAGCUUACUCUAUUGUUUGAAUGUACGCCAGCAAUAAGUUAUUUAAGGGAUGUACUUUGGGAUGAAAAUCCUAAAUCGGAGUCCUCUGCUGCGUGUUGGCUAGCUGGAUGGGAAUCUUUUUUUCAACGAGUAAAUUUUUGAAAAAGCUUUCAAACAAAGCAUCCGAAAAUUCAAAUGCGAGAUUAUUCAUAUGUAUGUAUGUAUCACAAGGAUGUCCUGUAUUAUAUCGCGGGUUUGUGAAAACUAAUAUAAACCAUAUAUUUUUUGGAGGCCAAAAGAGGUGAUUUUCCAGCUUUAUUCUUGGCGUGGUGAUGAAAUCUAACUGAUUCACAGUGUUAACGGACCUGCAAUCAACAUAUUAAAAUUAUAUACUUAAUUGAAAUGAGAAAUAUUAUGAAAUGAAAAAAGUUAGAUUAUGACUUGUUAAACGUAUGAUUUAACACAAAUAAUGCUAUACCGUGAGGCGCCCUAAUUCCGUACGGCUCCCUAUCCCGUGCACUUCGUAUCAAAAUGUGAAAAAUGUAAUAAAUUCCAAAAACAGUGUUCUAAGGUUUUUUUUUCUGUACACAAAAAUCUUAUAUUUGAUUUUUUCUUCACAUUUUGAUAUGAAGUGCACGGAGUUAGGACGCCUUGCGGUACCACAAGGCCCGGAAAAAGUUAAUAGCUAGUGGCCCACAAUCAGCUUUGAGCACUUGAAAACGCGGAA